UGCCAGAGCAGAGAAAGAGAGAGAGGGAGAAGGAGACGUUGGGUCAGAGCAGUUUUUGCAGGCACAGUUAGUUCAAAGUCACUACCAAUAAUGAGUUUAAUUUCUCAAAAUCUGCCCUCAAAGAAACGGUUGGGUAAGGUUAGAAGAGAGGAGUCAGAUGGGCCUCCGCUCUCUCAAAGGGACGAUGAAUCGGAACUGACAGACAAACCCGACUCAGUUAUUUCAAGUGGAAAGAAGAGAAGGACGGAACGAGAUUCUUCUUUAGAUGAAAAACAUUUAGAAGUGGAGCAGAAAAAUGAGAUGAAGAGGCUGGAGAAUUUCUUGUUUGGAUCUCUUUAUGAUCCCGUCGAGUUCGGCAAGGAAGUAGAGGAAGAAGCUGGAAAGGAGAUUUCAACGGGACCUGCUUUGUUUUUUACAGAUAGGUCUGCAAAUGCAGAUGUGUCGGUUUUUGAAGAGGAUGUUGUGCUUCAAGAUGGUAGUGAUGGUGAAAAGCCCAAGUUGGAGAGGAAACCUGCAUGGAUCGAUGACGAAGAGGAAAGGACGAAAGUAGAUAUAGCGAAAGUUAAUAGAUUGAGGAAGCUUAGAAGGGAAGAGGAUGAGAGUUCGAUUUCGGGUACGGAUUAUGUGUCUAGAUUGAGGGCCCAACAUAUUAAGCUGAAUCCUGGGACAGAGUGGGCCCAACUUGGCCCAAAAUUGGGGGGUUAUAGGUCUGACGAUGAAUCAGACGACGAUGACGGAGUUAUUGAUGAUGAUGAUAUUCUUCGAACUAGUGAAGAUCUGGUUGUGAAAAGCCGUACAAAGCUGUUGCCAGGACUCCUUGAGUACUCAAGGCUUACGGAUGCAAAUGCCGAGGACCCAUCUAAUGGACCGAUAAAUUCGGUCCAGUUUCAUAGAAACGCUCAGUUGCUUCUCGCGGCUGGAUUGGACAAGAGGUUGAGACUCUUCCAGAUUGAUGGAAAACGCAACACCAAGAUACAAAGCAUUUUCCUUGAGGAUUGCCCCAUCCGCAAGGCGGCUUUCGUACCAGACGGGUCCCAAGUGAUCAUCGGUGGUAGAAGGAAGUUCUUUUACAGCUUUGAUUUGGUGAAAGCAAGGGUUGAUAAGAUUGGUCCGUUGACCGGUAGAGACGAGAAAAGCCUGGAAGUGUUCGAAGUUUCUCCGGAUUCUAAUACGAUUGCAUUUGUUGGUAACGAAGGUUAUAUUCUGUUGGUUUCAUCCAAAACGAAGGAGCUGAUUGGUACUCUGAAAAUGAAUGGAACCGCCCGAUCUUUGGCAUUUGCAGAUGAUGGGAGGCAGCUUUUGAGCUCUGGUGGGGACGGGCAUGUCUAUCAUUGGGAUCUAAGGACGCGGAAGUGCUUUCAUAAGGCUGUCGAUGAAGGUUGUAUAAGUGGGUCUGCCCUUUGUACUUCCCUGGACAGCCGUUUAUUUGCAGCGGGUUCAAGUAGUGGAAUCGUGAAUAUUUAUAACAGGGAGGAGUUUCUUGGUGGCAAGAGAAAACCAAUUAAGACCAUUGACAAUCUAGUCACAAAAAUUGAUGGUUUGAAAUUCAAUCACGAUGCUCAGAUAUUGGCUAUUACUUCGAGUAUGCAGAAGAACAGCUUAAAAUUGGUGCAUGUACCAUCUUACAAUGUAUUCUCUAACUGGCCUUCAUCAAAACACAACUUGCAGCAUCCUCGCUGUUUGGAUUUCAGUCCUGGCAGCGGUUUCAUGGCUGUAGGAAAUGCAGCUGGGAAGGUGUUUUUGUAUAAGUUGCAUCAUUACCAACAUGCAUGAGCUGCGGCUGCAAUCUCUUCUAUCAUUCUCAAACUGGGAUUUCUAAUAUGCAACGCGUUUAUCCAUGCAGCAAAGGCCAACUCUCCUGUUUCCUUCCAUAACUGAUCAUAGUACAAAUAGAUGACUGACCUCCUCUGACCUUGUUCCCUUCCUUCUUCUGGUCUUACGGCAGCCCCUUGAAGGUCGCGGCUUUUACCUGCCUUCUUGCUAGGGAGAGAACCCUGACAGUCAACAAUCUCCAGUGUAGGGGUCUCAUUCUCCCCAACAUUUUUAUCCUCUGCAUGGAGAUGGGAGGAAACCAUCAGUCAUCUUUUCCUCCACUGCCCUGUCGCUCACAAAGUGUGGUCUGCCAUUCUCUCCAAAUUCAAAGUCUUCAGGGUUAUGCCGGACUGGCUGUCUUCAUUGCUCUAUGCCUGGCACUUCUUCAGCUCUGAUAGAAGCCUCUCCAAAGCUUGGCAGCUUGCAGUGUUGGCGACUCUCUGGGAUAUUUAGUGAGAAAGGAACAGUCAUUGCAUCCGAAUGUUUCCUCCUCCCUAGCUAGAGUCGCUGGCAUUGCCCUUUGGAACAUCAAAACCUGGACGAGUGUGCUUUCUCCAGCUGGCUGGUCAUUGAUUUCUCAUCAGCUGGAGUAGUGUGUUUUGAGCUUGGCUCUUUGUCAGCUCGAGUUGCCCUUUUCAGGCGUCGGUCUCGAGUUGUAUAGUUUUUCUUUGUUGUUUUGUUUUUGGGUUUGGUUGUCAUGUUUUGUUUCCGGACCAGCUUUGGUCCCUUAAAUAAAAAUUUCAUUCUUCAGAAAAAAAAAACAAAACAUGAUACA